AUGCCUUCUGCCACGGCAUCCGGCGCGGACACCGGGUCCGGUGCGAGGUCUCGCGACCACAAUCAAGGGAAUCAGGAGCGUAAAUACACCCCCGAGCAGAAGGCCGCCGUGCUACGGGUACGGAAAUGCUCUACGCACGCAUACUACGAGAUUCUGGCGCUGGAGAAGACCGCAUCGGACGGAGAGAUUAAGAAGGCAUACCGGAAGUUGAGUCUGUUGACACAUCCGGAUAAAAACGGCUAUGAGGGAGCAGAUGAGGCUUUCAAGAUGGUGUCACGAGCAUUCCAAGUGCUGUCAGAUCCCGAGAAGAAGUCUAGAUAUGACAAAUUUGGCGGCGAUCCAGAUAGCAGAUUCAAUCCUGGUGCUUCUUCCAGCGGUCCUUCGCCGUUCAGUGGAUUUUCUUCUGGCGGAGGCUUCCCUCGGUCGACGCCAGCUGGAUCGGCCUUCUUCGAGGAGGAGAUCUCCCCGGAGGAGCUCUUCAACCGAUUCUUCAAUGGUGGCUUUGGUGGCAUGGGCGGAGGCUUCAGUCCUUUCGGAGGACCUCAGUUUGUCUUCAAUAUGGGAGGAGGACCGGGAUUCCGUGUACAUCAGUUUGGCGGUACGCGGCCGCGGAGAAGGCCGCGGGAGGCCGCUGCUGCUUCAGAGCCACCGCCAUCGGGAUGGGCGUAUCUGCAGCAACUGCUUCCUCUUAUUCUGUUGUUUGUCCUGCCACUGCUCUCGUCACUUUUCUCCGGUUCUUCUACCCCUUCAGGUCCUACCUAUCGCUUUGAUGCUGCUGUGCCACCCCACACGAUGCAGCGAACCACGCCGAAACUCAAGGUGGACUACUUUCUCAACCCCGUGGAUGUCGAAGAUUACAGCGCUCGAAAAUUCCACCAGCUGGAUCAACGAGUGGAAGUGGAUUAUGUCUCGAAACUGCGGCAUGAAUGUGAAGCUGAGGUGCAACAUCGGGAGCGCAUGAUCCAAGAUGCGCAGGGCUGGUUCUUUCCGGAUGUUGAGAAGAUGAAGGAGGCGCGAGCGAUGGAGCUGAAGAGCUGUCGGCGGUUAGACUCGCUGAAGGGCCGAUUGAACUACUAA